AUGUCCACACCCGACCCGUCUCACCACGACCCCUCAUCACCCAACCCGCUCGAAGCCAACUCGUACUUCUCGCCCGGCGCCUCGCCAGCCCUCUCCGCCUCUGCAGACCCACUAGAUCCCUUCGACCCCUCCUUCGCGCACCCUCCCUCCCCCGGAGCAAGCAGCACCACCUCCUCUUCCGUCGUCGACUCGCUCGCGGGCGCUCCGUACGCAGACGUAGAGGCGCGAGCACUAGAGUUCCUCUCUGCUUCGCCGCCGAGCACGACGCCGGAUCCAGGAUUCGGGUGGAAAGACAUCCCCUCUCGAAUUCGCGCACCAGUCCCUCCAACCGACGUCGACAUCGACGUCGACGAAGCCCAAUCACGGGCGAUCGACUACCUCCGCAAGAUGCUUGACGAAGCAGAACGCGACGAAUGGAUGUACGAGACGCCGGCUGUGUUUGGACCGCCCCGGGCUGUAGGGGUUGAGGAGUCGAGGUUGGCGGGUCGGGAGGCGGUUGGACGUGAUGCGCUGGAUGUGGAGAGGGGGUGGACGGAUAGGGCGUUCAAUAUUGAGCGGUGGCAGGUUGAGGGGUUGGGCGGUCGCGAGACGGGGUUUGACGAGGGACUGGCAGGGUUCGAGGGGUUUGAGACGGGCGAGGAGGGAGCGAGGUUUGCGGAGGGCGAGGUGGAGAGCAAUCUGCCCAGCGUCUACAGUACUCGCUUGCGACCUCGUGAGACCCCUCCGACGACAGAAGUCUUCACUCAAGUCGCCCUUCCCUGCCGAAGUUCGACGAAAACAACGCCUCGACAACCGCAAGCCAGCUUCCCCCGACGAGCCGCUGCUGAAGUGCACGAGAUUGGGGAAUCGAAGCGACCUAGCCAAACCGGCCCGCCUGAUCCGCCUGGCCUCGCCUCCGUCGACCUCAUCCCGACUCCUGCCGUACCACCAUCCACGACAGUACCCACGCGCGUCGUCUCAGCUCCCUGA